GGGGCCCGGAAGGACUCGAGCUAGGAAAGGCCCCGACUGGGCUGCCUGGGCAGAAGGGUCGCGCGUCGUCAUAGCCUUGGCGACCGGAGGCCCAGCGCUCGGUAGCGAAGCGAGCCCGGCCUCCGCGCCGGCCUCCGCGGUCGGGACGCACACGCUCUGCGUCAUGGCGGGCGGAGGCCGAUGAUGAAUUCCGGUGUGCCCGUCGGGGUUGCUGUGUCACUCGGCCCGCCCGGCGCGCCCCUUCCCCGCCGCCCUUCCGCACCGGCUCGCGGGCUCUUCCGGUCUCCGACGCCCCUCACCUGCAGGCCCCUUUCCCGCCGCCCCCCGGCGCACGGCGGGUCUCCUGGGCGUACGGAUCUCGCGCGGGGCCGCGGCCGGGGGCGCCACGCGCGGUAGGGCCAUGGCGAGCGGCGCCUCCAGGUACCGGCUGAGCUGCUCGCUCUCGGGCCACGAGUUGGACGUGCGGGGCCUGGUUUGCUGCCUCUACCCCCCGGGGGCCUUUGUGUCUGUGUCCCGAGACCGCACCACCCGCCUCUGGGCCCCGGACAGUCCUAACAGGGGCUUUACAGAAAUGCAUUGUAUGAGUGGCCACUCCAAUUUUGUAUCUUGUGUAUGCAUCAUACCUUCAAGUGACAUGUACCCUCAUGGACUAAUCGCCACAGGAGGAAAUGACCACAAUAUUUGCAUUUUCUCACUGGACAGUCCAGCACCACUUUAUAUACUAAAAGGUCACAAAAAUACUGUUUGUAGUCUUUCAUCUGGAAAAUUUGGGACAUUACUUAGUGGCUCAUGGGAUACUACUGCUAAAGUCUGGCUGAAUGACAAAUGCAUGAUGACCUUACAGGGUCAUACAGCUGCCGUGUGGGCAGUAAAGAUCCUGCCUGAACAGGGCUUAAUGUUAACUGGAUCAGCAGACAAGACUAUUAAGCUGUGGAAGGCUGGAAGAUGUGAGAGGACUUUUUCAGGGCAUGAAGACUGUGUAAGAGGUUUGGCAAUCCUGAGUGAAACAGAAUUUCUUUCUUGUGCAAACGAUGCUAGUAUUAGAAGGUGGCAAAUCACUGGCGAGUGUCUUGAAGUAUAUUAUGGACAUACCAAUUAUAUUUAUAGCAUAUCUGUCUUUCCAAAUUGUAAAGAUUUUGUGACAACAGCAGAAGACAGAUCUCUGAGAAUCUGGAAACAUGGGGAAUGUGCUCAAACCAUUCGACUUCCAGCUCAGUCUAUAUGGUGCUGCUGUGUGCUAGACAAUGGUGACAUUGUGGUCGGUGCGAGUGAUGGUAUUAUUAGAGUGUUUACAGAAUCAGAGGAUCGAACAGCCAGUGCUGAGGAAAUCAAAGCUUUUGAAAAAGAACUCUCUCAGGCAACCAUUGAUUCCAAAACUGGUGAUUUAGGAGAUAUUAAUGCUGACCAGCUUCCAGGAAGGGAACAUCUGAAUGAACCUGGUACUAGAGAAGGACAGACUCGUCUGAUCAGAGAUGGUGAGAAAGUCGAAGCCUAUCAGUGGAGUGUUAGCGAUAGGAGAUGGAUAAAAAUUGGUGAUGUUGUUGGCUCAUCUGGUGCUAAUCAGCAAACAUCUGGAAAAGUUUUAUAUGAAGGGAAAGAAUUUGAUUAUGUUUUCUCAAUUGAUGUCAAUGAAGGUGGACCAUCAUAUAAAUUGCCAUAUAACAUCAGUGAUGAUCCCUGGUUAACUGCGUAUAACUUCUUGCAGAAGAAUGAUUUAAAUCCUAUGUUUUUGGAUCAAGUGGCUAAAUUUAUUAUUGAUAACACAAAAGGUCAAAUGUUGGGACUUGGGAACACCAAUUUUUCAGAUCCGUUUACAGGUGGUGGCAGGUAUGUUCCAGGCUCAUCAUCAGUAUCAUCUAACACAGUGCCUGCAGCAGAUCCUUUUACAGGUGGUGGUCGUUAUGUGCCAGGUUCUGCAAGUAUGGGAACUGCCAUGACUGGAGUUGAUCCAUUUACAGGGAAUAGUGCCUACCGAUCAGCUGCAUCUAAAACAGUGAAUAUUUAUUUCCCUAAAAAAGAAGCUGUUACUUUUGACCAAGCAAACCCUACGCAAAUAUUAGGUAAACUGAAGGAGCUCAAUGGGACUGCACCAGAAGAAAAGAAGUUAACUGAGGAUGAUCUGAUACUUCUGGAAAAGAUAUUAUCUCUAAUAUGUAAUAGUUCUUCAGAGAAACCCACAGCCCAGCAACUUCAGAUUUUGUGGAAAGCUAUUAAAUGGCCUGAAGAUAUUGUCUUUCCUGCACUUGACAUUCUUCGGUUGUCGAUUAAACAUCCCAGUGUAAAUGAGAACUUCUGCAAUGAAAAGGAAGGAGCUCAGUUCAGCAGUCAUCUUAUCAGUCUUCUGAAUCCUAAAGGAAGGCCAGCAAACCAGCUGCUUGCUCUCAGGACUUUUUGCAAUUGUUUUCUUGGCCAGGCAGGACAAAAGCUCAUGAUGUCUCAGAGAGAAUCACUAAUGUCCCAUGCAAUAGAACUGAAAUCAGGGAGCAAUAAGAACAUUCACAUUGCUCUGGCUACAUUAACCCUGAACUAUUCUGUUUGUUUUCAUAAAGACCAUAACAUUGAAGGGAAAGCUCAGUGCUUGUCAGUAAUUAGCACAAUCUUAGAAGUUGUACAAGACCUAGAAGCCACUUUUAGACUUCUUGUGGCUCUUGGGACACUUAUCAGUGACGAUUCAAAUGCUGUACAAUUAGCCAAGUCUUUAGGCGUUGAUUCUCAAAUAAAAAAGUAUGCUUCAGUAUCAGAACCAGCUAAAGUAAGUGAAUGCUGUAGACUUAUCUUAAAUUUACUGUAACAGUGGGGAAUGGGGACUGAGAUUUUAAAUUGAUUAGUGUUUUUUUCCUCACAUUUUACAUGACUGAUUGCAGAUGAUAAAGAAUGCUGUGGAUUAAGUAAAAUUUCAGAUCUUGUAAAGUGGGGGAGGGAAGGGAAACUGAAGAAAUAAAAUUUUUGCACUG